GUCCCAGUGAAUACUGGAAAAGCAACAAGUGAGGAGCUGGUGAAGACCAGAGACAUUUCCUCCUGGCUGGCAGGGGUUAUUUUUCACCUAUCUGUCUUGAAGGGGAGGGAGGUGUCGCCUUCACAGCCCUUUGGUGGUUAAGGGAAACUGCCGGACGGAGAUUGCAAUGGACAACAUCAGCAAAAUGGACUGGGCAGCUGGAGGUGAGGAAUAGACAUCUCUGGAGUACCCUAUGUCUGCUGAACUCUUGCCAUUCUUCCCUCUCGUGUUAAGGCUAGACGUGUCCCAUACCGCGAGGUGGGGAAGGCAGAGGGAAGGAGCAGGUCUCUGAGAGCCUGACUUGCUUUUGCUUGCCGUACCCAAAGAUGUCUUGUGAUCCUUCCCCCAUCAGCACAAAGCCUGGAGAGGAUCCCGAGGGUGGCGGCUUCUUGGAGGAAAGCAGUGGUGGGGGUGACAGCAGUAGUGUCCUGGGAGGGGACAGCCCAGUCACAGGGCCACUGGGUGCAGUGCUGCUGGUCAUGUGCAUCACUGGGGUGGUGGGGAACAUCUACACGGUGGUGGUGGCCUCUGGCAGGGUAGCGGGUCGCUCAGCGGGCUCCUUGGGGGUCUACGUGAUCAACCUUGCCCUGGCUGACCUCCUGUACCUCUCCACCAUCCCCUUCGUGGUCUGCACCUAUUUCGCCCAUGACUGGUUCUUUGGGGACGUGGGCUGCAAGCUUUUGCUCAGCCUGGACCUCCUCACCAUGCACGCUAGCAUCUUCCUCCUGACCGCCAUGAGCCUGGAGAGGUACUGGGCAGUGGCUCGGCCGCUGCGGGCUAGGCGGGCCGGCAACGCUUACCGCAAGCUGGCCAGCGCCGUCCUCUGGCUCCUCUCGCUCCUGCUUACGGCUCCCAUGAUGGCGAUGACCCAGCUGCGGGAGGGGAGUGGCCCCCACAAGCGCAUCUGCAUCCCCACCUGGACACUGGCGGCCUUCCGGCUCUACCUGACGGUGCUCUUCGCCACCAGCGUCCUGGCACCCGGCGUGGUGCUGGGUGUCGUCUACGCCCGCCUGGCCCGGGCAUACCGCUCCUCCUCCUGGGGCCUGGGCCUGCCGGUGGCUGGUCGGACCCCCUCCCGGCGGCUCUUCUCCAGGAUCUCUGCCAUCGUGGUGGCCUACUGGGCCUGCUUCCUCCCCUUCUGGGCCUGGCAGCUGGCCGGGCUGUACCAGGGUGAGGGGCUGGGCAUCGGCCCCACCGCCCAGGCCUACCUCAACUUUGGUGUCACCUGCCUGGCAUACAGCAACAGCUGCAUCAACCCCUUCCUCUACACCCUGCUCGCCGGCAGCUACCGCCAGCGGCCCGGACGCAGCCGCAUGGGCACGGCACAGCCUCCGGCUCCCUGCCAGGAGGCCACAGCGGGCCCAGUGGGAGGCCACAGCAUCCCCUCAGCUUUCAGAGAGUCAUCGGGGUGUAUGGGGGAAGGCGAGGGGUGA